UUGGAGUGCGAUGAUUGCUUGCUAUGGAUAUCAUGGUCUUGGAAGAGAUGCCAUUGAUAUCUUUCAAUUGCAUGGUGCGAGCUGGCACUAAGCCAAAUCAUGCCACAUUCACAAGCCUGCUCUCUGCUUGUAGCCAUUCUGGACUUGUCAAUGAAGGUCGUAAGUGUUUUGAUUCAAUGGUAUCAGUACAUGGUGUUGAACCUAAGUUGAAUCAUUAUGCAUGCAUGGUGGAUCUUCUUGGACGUGCUGGUAGAGUUCAUGAAGCUUUAGAGCUAAUUGAAAGAAUGCCGAUGAAACCUGACUCUAGCCUAUGGGGAUCUUUGCUUGGAGCAUGUAGGAUUCACGGUGACAUUGAUACCGGAGAGAAGGUUGCUGAUAAGAUCUUUGAAUUGGAGACUACUCACUCUGGAUACUAUGUUCUUCUUUCAAACAUAUAUGCCGCCAAAUCUAGGUGGAAGGAGGUGGAGAGAGUGAGGAAGUUGAUGGUUGGAAAUAAAGUGAGCAAAGUUCAAGGCUUCAGUUUGAUUGAGUUUGGUAACCAAGUUCAUAAAUUUGGGGUGGAUGAUAGGUCCCAUCCUCAAGCGAAGGAGAUCUACUCCUACUUGGAGGAGUUAACUGGCAAAUUGAAGCAGCAUGGUUAUGUUCCUUUGAUUGAUCUUGCACUGCAUGAUAUUGAAGAUGAGACCAAGGAAGCUUCUCUGCUUUACCACAGUGAGAAGCUUGCUAUAGCUUUUGGCUUGAUUAAUUUGAGCCCUGAAGCACCAAUACGUGUUACAAAGAACCUUCGCAUUUGUGCAGAUUGUCAUGAUGCUAUAAAGAUAAUUAGCAAAGUUGUGAGCCGGGAGAUAGUUGUGAGGGAUAUGAAUCGUUUCCAUCACUUUGAGAAUGGAUAUUGUUCUUGUGGAGAUUUCUGGUGAUUGGAUUUUGCUCAAGUAU